GAGCGUGAGUGAGGAAACAAGCAUGUAUUCCCACAUGAGUAGAAGAAAAAACAUCAUACUUGAACGAAGGUGGGUUACAGUAGUGUUUUCUUGGCAGCAAGUAUGGGAUGGCCAAAGGCCAUUAUGUAUCAGAUGACCAAAGAGGUGACAGAGCAGAGAGGCAGCAAUAAAUAUCAACACAGGCAGUGGACAGAGAACAAGGUGCGGACUCCCUGCUAGAAGCCUGCGCUCUGCUGUGUCUCCUGAGUCCUCAGUGCCUGCUCCAUCCUCUGUGAAGGGAGGCCAGGCUCACUUUGGCACAGACUGUUUGUGCCCGUCCUUUUCAAAGCCAUGUGGCUCUACCUGGUGGCUCUAGUGGGCCUGUGGACCCUCCUGCGCUUGUUCAGGGAGAGGCAGGUGGUGAGCCAUCUCCAAGACAAGUAUGUCUUCAUCACGGGCUGUGACUCCGGCUUUGGGAACCUGCUGGCCAGACAGCUGGACAGGAGAGGCAUGAGGGUGCUGGCUGCAUGUCUGACGGAGAAGGGAGCCGAGGAGCUGAAGAGCAAGACGUCAGCCAGGCUGGGGACAGUGAUCCUUGAUGUCACCAAGACAGAGAGUGUUGUGGCAGCCACUCAGUGGGUGAAGGAACGAGUUGGGAACAGAGGACUCUGGGGCCUGGUCAACAAUGCUGGCAUCGCCAUUCCCUCGGCUCCCAAUGCGUGGCUGAACAAGCAGGACUUUGCAAAAGUCCUGGAUGUGAACCUGUUGGGCAUGAUCGAGGUGACUCUGAACAUGCUGCCCUCAGUGAGGAAGGCAAGAGGCCGUGUGGUCAACGUCUCCAGCAUCAUGGGUCGAGUCUCUUUCUUUGGUGGUGGUUACUGCAUCUCCAAGUAUGGUGUAGAGGCUUUCUCAGACUCCCUCAGGAGGGAGCUCUCCUAUUUUGGGGUAAAGGUGGCUAUUAUUGAGCCUGGUUACUUCAAGACUAGUAUAAGCAGUGGUGACAUUCAUUUGCCAAUUGUCAAGAUGCUGUGGGACCAGGCCAGCUCAGAGGUCAGAGAGAUGUAUGGCGAGAAGUACCUGACAUCUUAUCUGACAUUGCUAAAGUCACUGGACCAAAAGUGCAGUGAGGACCUCUCCUUGGUGACAGACUGCAUGGAGCACGCGCUGACUUCCUGUCACCCUCGCACUCGAUACUCAGCUGGCUGGGAUGCCAAGCUCUUGUACCUCCCCAUGAGCUACCUGCCCACCUUCCUGACAGACGCCAUCUUCUACUGGAUGUCCGUGAAGCCCGCCAAAGCUCUGUGAAGCCUCUGCCUGUGUCUGUAGUUGGGGCACGUGAGUGAAGUGUCAGGUCACGGGUCCUCAGGAGAAGGAGGGCUCCUGGGUGCAGUCAACCUUGUCAUUGGAGGCACAGCCAUAGGUGCCUGAUUUUCUGCCCUGGGUGUGAAGGUAGAGGACACAGAGUGACAGGAGGAACUGCUGUGUCAAUCAAUGAUUCCCAACGUGGGUGAAAAUAGAAAGUGAUCUUCCACA